UUUGGACUCUCUCUCUCUCUCUCUCUCUCUCUCUCUCUCUCUCUCUGUGAAAUCGAGAGACCCAUUCUUGGCAUCCAACUUUAUAUAGCCCCAAGUGGCUUCAGUUCUCAGUGAAUGAGCCUCCCAUCAAAUACUUGGUCAGUUCUCCGCAAAAAGAUGACCAAGGUUUCUGUGCUAUUCUCUGUUGUUGUUGUGCUUGCUCUUCUGUUUGUCAAUGGAGUCUUGGGGAGAGAUCGCUGGCACGGGUUUGCGAAAGACGGACAGGUUGGAAUCUAUGAGCUUAAGAAAGGGAAUAUCUCUUUGAGGCUCACUAAUUGGGGAGCAACUAUCAUGUCUCUUCUUCUCCCUGACAAAAAUGGAAAGCUUGAUGAUGUUGUUCUGGGAUUCGAUUCUGUCAAUGACUACAAGAACGAUUCAGCCUACUUUGGUUCCGUGGUCGGUCGGGUUGCUAACCGAAUAGCGAAUGCUCAGUUCACUCUAAACGGCACCCGCUACAAACUUAUUCCCAAUGAAGGAAAUAACAUGCUCCACGGUGGUCCGAAAGGAUUCAGCGACGUAGUUUGGAAAGUCACCAGGUAUCAAAAGGGUGGUCACACUCCUCAGAUCGUCUUCAGUUAUUUCAGUCACAAUGGCGAAGAAGGAUUUCCCGGUGACCUCCAAGUCUCUGUAACCUACACGAUCUUGAGUGAUAACCACUUGAGCAUAUCGAUGAAAGCAAAAGCUCUGAACAAGGCCACUCCGGUGAAUCUUGCGCAACACGCCUACUGGAACCUCGGCGGCCAGAACAGCGGCGACAUCCUAUCAGAAGAAGUGCAGAUCUUCGCCUCCCAGAUCACACCUUGUGAUAGCCACCUCAUCCCCACCGGAAAGAUCAUUCCCGUGAAAGGAACCCCUUACGACUUUCUCGAGCCGCACACCAUAGGAAGCCGAAUAAACAAGCUCCCAAAUGGUUAUGAUAUCAACUACGUGCUCAACAAUGCUCAGGGCACGAAACUGCACAGGGCGGCGAUAGUAAGGGACAAGAAGUCAGGGAGAGUAAUGGAGUUAGUGACGAAUCAGCCGGGCGUGCAGUUCUACACGAGUAACAUGAUAAAGGAGAUCAAGGGCAAGGGCGGGUUCGUUUACAAGAAACACGCUGCACUUUGCCUGGAGACUCAAAAAUACCCGGAUUCGGUGCAUCACCCCAACUUUCCCUCGGAGAUAUUGUAUCCUGGGAAGUCAUAUGAGCAUGUCAUGCUCUUCAAGUUCACAAUAGAGUCGUAGACACUAGUACGAUGUAGAUCGUUGGGACUUCGGAAUAACACAGUUGGUUUGCUCUUUCGAUC